CGUUAGAACUUCAGUAGUAACUUGGUGUAGCUCACAAACAGUUCGCAUCCAAAACUCACAGUAAAAUUGGUAUUGGUAUUUUCAGUUAUCUUUUCCAAAUAUCCAGUGAAAAAAAGAUUUGCUUUUAUAAAAUAACGACGACAAGAGGUUUCGUGAAAAUUUCUAUAAUUUUCCAGGUCUUUAUACGAACCUAUUUUUGAUACUCUGAACGAAUUUGACCCUCAAGAUGACAAACGAAGCAAUGGAAAGCGAGAGCAUGAGUGUGGGAUCUUGGGCGACCAAUGGAUUUCUGAACUAUAUGCGUCAACUCCGUAAGCAAACUAACUCCAUGAGUUGGAUGGAUUUCGCCGAGGAGAGUGCCAGGGGCUGGAAAAAAAUGAGCCAGAAGGAGAAGAAUAGCUACCGUGAUAUGGAUAACGCCUGCGAGGACAAUGCCAUGUAUGUUGAUGGCGAGGACCCCCAGAGAUCCAAUGAGAUGUGCAACCAUCCCAUGGGCAAGCAGCGCAGGUCCAGGAACUCCUGUGCCCCGCCGGAGAAGUCCUGUGCCAAGCCGAUGAGGUCCUGUCCCAAGCCCAGGAAGUCCUGUGCCAAGCCAAGGAAGAAGUCGGCUUGUUCCAAGCCCAGGAGAUCGGCUUGUGCGAAGCCCAGAAAGCCGGCUUGCCCCAAACGGCAAAAUAGGUGUGGAGCCAGGCCAAAGUGCAGUAAGCCCGGUCCUGUGACCAAUAAUGGCUACCUCAACUUUGUGCGCUCCUUCCGCAAGAAGCACUGCGGCCUGAAGCCCCAGGAACUGAUCUCGGAGGCCGCCAAGGCCUGGAUCAAGCUCCCCGAGGAGAAGAAGGACCGCUACCGCCGCAUGGCCUGCAAGGUCACUCAUAACGAACGCCACAAGCGCCGUCGCGUCUGCAAACGCUGUUAAUAUCCAAAGUGGGUGGAAGCGAGUCCCAAUAUCCAUCAGAGUCCAAGUUCCGUACGCUUUACAUAUUCAUGCAACUUUUCGGUCUGUAAAUUGUGGUUUUUGCAUUCGAAAGUAAGAGCGUCGUCGUUUUCGAAAUAAAGAAAAACAUUUUGGCAUAUACAAAAAUUAAAA